CCGGGGGCGGGGACUCGCCGCUGCGGGGCCGGAGACGCGGCGGCGCUGGGCGCGGGGUGCGCGGCGCGCGGCAAGCGGGAGCGCGAGGCCGGCGGCGGCGGCGGCGGGAGAGCGGCCGGGCAGCCUCAGAGCGGGGCCCGGAGCGCCGAGCGGCCGCCGAAGCCGCGGAAGGAGGUUCUCAGCCUGGCUUUUGAGAUGAUGGGAUUGGGAAACGGGCGUCGCAGCAUGAAGUCUCCGCCCCUCCUGCUGGCUGCCCUGGUGGCCUGCAUCAUCGUCCUGGGCUUCAACUAUUGGAUUGCGAGCUCCCGAAGCGUGGAUCUCCAGACGCGGAUCGUGGAGCUGGAAGGCAGGGUCCGCAGGGCGGCCGCGGAGAGAGGCGCCGUGGAGCUGAAGAAGAAUGAGUUCCAGGGAGAGCUGGAGAAGCAACGGGAGCAGCUCGACAAAAUCCAGUCCAGCCACAACUUUCAGCUGGAGAGCGUCAACAAGCUGUACCAGGACGAAAAGGCAGCUCUGGUGAAUAAUAUCACCGCAGGUGAGAGGCUCAUCAGAGUCCUGCAGGACCAGUUGAAGACUCUGCAGAGGAAUUACGGGAAGCUGCAGCAGGAUGUCCUCCAGUUUCAGAAGAACCAGACCAACCUGGAGAGGAAGUUCUCCUACGACCUGAGCCAGUGCAUCAGUCAGAUGAAGGAAGUGAAGGAGCAAUGUGAGGAGCGGAUAGAAGAGGUCACCAAAAAGGGAAAUGAACCUGUAGCUUCCAGAGACCUGAGUGAAAAAAAAGACCUAAGUCAGCAGCUCCAAACCCUCAGCAAGCCUCAGCCCAGGCCGCAGGAAGCAGGCCUGCAACUGACAGAGGUGCCACAAGGGAAAAGAAACACACCCAGUGAUGGUGAGUCCCAGAGGCCAACCCCCAGUUCCAAGGUGGCUUUGGAUUUGAAGAGUCGAGGUGAGAAAGAGGAAACCAAUGAGAUCCAGUUUGUCAGCGAGAAGGAGCCUCAGAGGGAUGGCCCGGGGCUGCCGCAGGAGCCAGGCCGGAAGCAGGCUGUGGAGGACAGACCUGUGGGCGGAAGAGGCUUGGGGGGAGCCAGGGAAUUGAGCCGAACCCCACAAGUACCAGCUGCCCUGUUGCUGAGCCAGGAAAAUCAGGAGACUGAAGAAGACCCUGAGAGGGACCAGCUUGUCAUCGCGGAUGGACAGGAGGAGGAGCAUGAUGCUGCUGAGGAAGGGAGAAACCAGCAAAAACUGGGAGGAGAUGAUGACUACAACAUGGAUGAAAAUGAGGCGGAAUCUGAAACAGACAAGCAGGCAGCCCUUGCGGGGAAUGACAAAAACCUAAAUGUUUUUAUUGCUGAAGAUCAGAAAAGAGACACCAUAAAUUUAUUUGAUCAGCGUGAAAGGCGGAAUCGUACAGUCUGAAUUGAGCUGGAAUUCACAUAUUUUACUUCAGGACCGAAGACAUCACUACAAAAUAUUCAUGAGGGACUGGAUGCUCAAAGCUGUGAAAUGUACUAAGUAAAAUGUACAUCUAAAGAUGAUUAUUAUGGAAAUGAGUACGUACUUUAUGUAGGAGAAAUUGGACUUUUAGACGGUUUUGGGGGUACUUUUGAACUAUCUAAUAAAAUUUGUCAAGAUUUUUGGCUAAUACGUAUUUCAUGAGAAGAUCAACACCAGAAAUAGAACACAAGUUCUCCUUCAAGUGUGGCAGCAGUGGUACUCGUUAUUCUGGACUGUAACUGUUCAAAAAAAAAAAAAAAAAAAAAGCAACCUGUAGGAAGAAUCUGUCUUCUGAUGUGAAGGAGACUGACUUUACACAGAGAACUCCUUUUCCACCUCUGGAGUCCUCUUCUCCUAACAGAACAUGCUGGGCCGAUUUCUGUUCUCACUGGUACACACAGUGAGUGAGUGGCUUAUGCUCUUGUGCAGUCACUUCCUACUCUGACAAUCAAUGGCCUAGAGCACUGACUGUUAACACAAACAUCACUAGCAACAGUUUUAAACCAGUCUAAAUACAAAGCUGUUUUGUGUGUGAAUUUUUAAAAAGACUACUUAUGUAAUAAUCUCUGCCAUUUUUAAUGUACAAAACACUGUUAAGUGUCUUGUAACUUGAACAUUUGUGGUCUAUACUUACUUUGCUUCAUAUGUGUGGGCAAAGCAAAAAUCUUGUCUAAUAAGUACACACUACCAAAAACAAUGAAUGGAUUAUACUUUUGAAAAAAGGGCCCCAAACAGAGCUUGACAAGGGCAUACCUAUAGCAGAGCACAGUGAGGACAGGUUUGUGUGGACAGAUCUGUACCUACUUUAUUACUACAGAAAAAGAAAAACAAGUUAAUUGAUGUUGAAGGAUAUAUAAUGUUACAAAUUGGGAAUGUUUGGAAAAGAAAUGCAAUAGUUAUUUUUAUCAUAGUUUACACAUUUUGCUUAACGGUAAGAGACUCACAAAACUGAUUUAAAAAUCAAAGGUUAACAUUAAUUUUGAAAAUGACUAUUUAAUCAUAGUUCCCAAUGAUAACAAUGACAUUAGGUUUGACCUGAAUUGGUUCCCAAUAUUUACAGUAAAAGGUAGUUACCACUAGUGAAUGACUGGCAACAUCACAUUAAUGACUUAUUUUCAGUGAGGCUCUCUAAAGGGUAAGUGGGAGAAUCCACAGGAUCUGGGAUCCAAGAGCCUCAGAGAUCAUUGUGUGUAACUCUCACAUUUUCAGAGAGGAAAGUAGGGUCAAGAGAAGUUACGGAGCUUCUACCUGGUGAGCUGCAGCACCUCACUGUGCCCCUGCUGUCACUGAAGGUGCGCUUUGUUUGUGUUCGUGUUGCCACCUCCAACUUGAAUAUUCUUCACGUAUGAUAUUGUUUUACUCCAUCAUUAAAAGAUUUAAAACUUU